AUGAGACUCCCGCUGGCUUUCGCCGUGCUCCUCCUGGCCUCGGCGCAGGCGCUCGCUGAAGAGAUGGGUGCCAACGACGACCUCAGCUACUGGUCCGACUGGUCCGAAGGCGACCAGGUGAAGGAGGAGCUGCCGCUGCCCCUGGAGCACUUCCUGCAGAGGAUGGCCCGGAGACCCCGGCCCCAGCAGUUCUUCGGCCUCAUGGGCAAGCGGGAUGCCGGAUAUGGCCAGAUCUCUCACAAAAGGCAUAAAACAGACUCCUUUGUUGGACUUAUGGGCAAAAGAUCUUUAAAUUCUGAAUCCUCGGAAAGGAGCACAGCACAGAAUUACGAGCGGAGGCGUAAAUGAGACAUUCCUGUGCAUUAUUUAUUGAACUUCAUUUGUUCCAAUGGCCAAUGCAGUGUAAUAUACACUAACCACUGUAUGGAAUAACUAUUUAUUUAAUAAUAACUGAUGGGGGCUUGGUUGGUUAUUUUUUGUUGUUGUGUUUUUUUAUUGUUGUUUUGGUUUGGGGGGUUAUUUUUUUG